UUGUUUCACAUGCCGACUGACUGUGCAGCGUGCUGGAUCUUGCUCUUUUUUUCCCUACUGAAAAUUGAUCUUUCAACAAGAAAACUGGAAAUGAGGAGAUAAAGUGGCCUUCAAUGGGGAUGCCCAUGUCAUGGGCCCAGAGUGCAAGGAGAGCGGAGAUGCCGACGAAUCUCAACAGGAUGCCGUCAGUUUCAAUGACGUAUCGGUUGAGGUCUCCACAGUGGACCACACGCUGCAGAAACUCUGCAGGAUGUACAGGAAGACGAGGCGGAAGCCCAAAGGUCUGUCCAGGCUGUGGGCUUACCUGCUGAGCAUUCGGCAUUUGGCGGUCAUCAUCACGGCUGUGGUCUUUGUGAUAGUGGUUGUCCUGUGGUCGCUGCUCUGGGUCUUCAUAUUUCGACGCGAGGGCAACAGUGUGGUGUACUUUGCUGGGAUGUUCCGCGUGGCUAAUGUGGAGUUCAUCCCGGAGUACCGCCAGGCCGGAUCCCACGAGUUUGUCUCCAUGGCGACCAGAAUACAGCAUGUGGUAAGCGGCGUGUACAAGAUGUCCUCAGUGACUCGCCUGUACAAGCACGCCAUCAUUUCAGACCUCAGUACCAACAACAAGGGAGGCGUGCUGGCGCACUUUUGGAUGGUGUUUGAAGUCCCUCGCCUGAAGAGCGCGGCGGUGUGUGAGGAAUGCGUGGCCGUCAUCCUUAGGGACUCGGUUCACACCAGCCUGAAGAACCGCUCAUCGGUGGGCUACCUCCUGGACCUCCCUGUAGACAUCGACUCCAUCCUCGUCAAUGCUGUCCGACGCUCGGAUUACACCUCCAAUGCAGCAGGAUCCCAGUGUAUAGACAAACUUUAUGCCAGCCUUCCCGGUGCGAGGGUCCCUCUGAAUGUCUUUUCAUCAUGGGGUGGCGUGCGGUGCCACGUGAAGCUCACCGCCGUGCCCGGUUUUCUCAUCCGGCUGACCGUCGCCUCCUUCCAAAUCGAGCCCAGUGACUGCGUCCACGACGCCCUGACUGUGUACGACGCUCUUCUGCCCAUGAGGGGCCGAGUUCUCCACAGGCAGUGUGCGCCUUUGUCCAGCUCCAUCUCCCUUGUGUCCACUUCCAACGUCAUGCUGCUGUCCUUCACCAUGUCCAGCGGAACCAAGAGCUUCAGAGGACACUUUGAGGCCAUCGCAGAAGAGUUGUGCGUUUCUCGCAUAGCGUCACAACAGCAUGCGACAGGCCAGGUCUACAGCCCCUUCCACCCAAGCCUUAUGCCCCCCCACUGCUCAUGCACGUGGAUCUUUCAGACUCCUGACGCUGCGUUGGGGGUAGCGCUGCAGCUUCAAAACUAUGUGCUGAAACCGAAAGACAUGAAGGGGUGUGAGCAUGGAUGGUGGAGGAUCAACGAAGUGAUUUACUGUGGCAGCUACGUGGGAUAUGAGAGCAUAUUUCGCAUCGGAGAGAGCACCGCCAAUGUGGAAUUUCGCUGCACGUCCCGAAGCGCCACGCAACCUUUUCAUGUGACGUACAGCAGCUACAACAUCAGCCAACCCUGUCCGGAAAGUCACUUCCUGUGUUCCACGGGACUCUGCGUGGAGAAAAGUCGACGCUGCGAUGGGCUGGAUGACUGCCAGGACGAGAGCGACGAGGUCUUCUGUUCGAGGCCCACCAAAAACUGUGGCGGCAGCAGCCCUUUGCAUCCUCUGUUUGUCUGCAACGGUGAGACGGACUGCGCCAACGGAUUGGAUGAAACCAACUGCACACGGGAAACAAGCUGCUCAGCCGUCAGCUAUCAUUGCAAUAGCGGCUCGUGCAUCCAGAAAAAGAACGCCAGGUGUGAUGACAUUGCUGACUGUCAGGACGGCAGCGACGAACUCGACUGUGCUUGUGGGCUCCCCAACCACUCGGUGGCCCACCGCAUCGUCGGCGGGACCGACUCCGAGGAGGGCGAGUGGCCUUGGCAGGUCAGCCUGCACUUCUCGGGUCACCUGAUCUGCGGCGCCUCCGUGCUCUCACACGAUUGGCUCGUUUCAGCGGCGCACUGCUUCAGCAAAGACAGGCUGUCGGACCCGCGCCGCUGGCGGGCCCACUUGGGCGCGCUGACGCAGGGUUCCGCUGGCCACGUGGCGGAGAUCCAACGCAUCGUGGUGCACGAGUACUACGAUGCCCGCACGCUGGACUACGACGUGGCGCUGUUGCAGCUCAAGAGAGCGUGGCCGCCCUCCCUGAGCCCGCUGGUGCAGCCCGUGUGCUUGCCCGCCGCCUCACAUGCCGUCACCGCCCGACACCGCUGCUGGGUGACAGGCUGGGGACAUCGCUUUGAAGAGGAUAAAUCGCUGCCGUCUGUGCUGCAGAAAGCCCAGGUGUCCGUCGUGAGCCAGACUGAGUGCAAGAAGACUUACGGCCCAGUGUCGCCGCGCAUGCUGUGCGCGGGGGUCCCGUCGGGGGAGCGCGACGCCUGCAGGGGGGAUUCGGGCGGGCCGCUAUCCUGUCAGGCGCCAGGCGGGGGCCGCUGGUUCCUGAUCGGUAUUGUUAGCUGGGGUGCGGGCUGCGGCAGACCUGGCCUGCCCGGGGUCUAUGUCAGGGUCACCAAGUUCACGUCGUGGAUCUACGGCCACAUCAGCUGACAGCCCCGCUCAUUAAAAAACAAAAAAACCCUCUACAAGCAAACUCACUGUUGGGUAAAGUAUUGCUUCUUAAUCCAGCCCACAAAAUAUUUACAUAUGCAAGAAAGUAGUACAGUAUAUAUAUUUUUCCCCUUAAUUUAACAUUUUUUCCCUAAAAUUGGUUAUUAUGGACUGUAUUCUAUUUUUUAAAGUUAUUUAUCCCAUUAAAAAAGGUGCUCUCAAGUACUCCAAUAAACCAUGCUUGUAAAAUUAAGAAAAAAAUAUUUUUAUAAUUUUAUGUAGUAAAAAGAUGACUACAUUUUACAAUCUAUUUUAUGAAUGGACUAAUUUAUGAUAAUUUAACACACUUUAACUGUAUUAGAAAUGAGCAUGAAUUCAUAUUUACUGAAAUAAACAUGAAUUGAAACUU